AUGAUGCCCCUUAGAAGGUAUACUAAGUCGUUUAUCUUAGUGAUUGCAAUUGUAUUCAGUGUCGUAUUGUUAUAUCAGAUUGGUGAAUAUAAUCAGAAUGAUUUGAUGGGCUCGUUCAAAUACGCAUAUAAUCAAGGAUCAACCGACAUAAAGAAGGAUUUAACGAAUCAGGUUAUAUUUCCCAGAGAUUUUCCCCUUCAAAAAGAAGAAUUAAAGGUGUACGUGAAACAGAACUUCAACUUAACGGACUUCGACAAUAGUAAGUUGUUUAAAAAUGAAGUCAGUAAGCCUGAUAUUCCAUCGUCAAAGUUCACCAAGCACAAUUUGACGGUUUUCAAUAGUGAUACUAAUAUUAAACUUAAUUUGAAGAAAUGUGAGGCCAAAUUACAGUCGACUUCGGUUAUUGAGAUAGACAAGGCUAAAAAUAUCGGUGUAUCAUUACCGGAAAUCUUGACAAACUUCCUUAAGGAGUGUGAAACGAAUCCAUAUUAUAAGGAGUUAUCGCCGUUUUUCAUUGAUGAACUCAAGUUGCAGUUGAAGUUCAAUGUGGUAGAGAAAUAUUGGUACAGACUAGCGGGAUCUUCCGUGUGGUUGGAACAAUAUGGUGUUCAUUUCAUGAUUUCAAGAAUACUCUACAGUCCUAAGGGUGCCAGGAACCAGCCUAUUAUAUCAUUGACAUACGCGCAAAUUUUCUCAAAGGAUUGGAAGGAGCUUACCAAUACAAAGUUGAUUGUGCCUACGAACUAUAUUGAAGGAAUGGAAGACACUGAAGUGAUUGACGACCAGAGAUUUGAAGCAUUGAAGUUUCCAUAUUUCUUACCUAUUCCUUUCUGGCAUGAUUACGAUAAUGUUGAACACAAAUACUACGGACCCGAAGAUCCAAGAAUUUUACUCGUUAAGAACACUAAAGGAUAUUUGGAACCUUUAAUAAUUUUCAAUGCUUAUCAUCGUAAAUUAUCACGUUAUGAUGAUGACGAGGACGAUGGCUUAGUUUUAAAGCAAGACUUCUACAGGUCCAUGUUUAUGAGUUGGCCAUGGCAGUUCCAAAAAGGUAAACCGAAUACCGAUGGUAUGGGCAAUAAGGAAUUUGACGAUAAGCUUUAUAAUAAGGCCAUUGAAUUAAAGAUUAAGAACAUACCAAGACAAAAGAAGCAGAAAAAUUGGACCCCAUUUAUUAGUGAUAACUUAAGAACUAUACACGGUUAUGAUAAAUUCGUUAAUUUUGUUUACAGGUGGGCCAAUUUUGAAGUUUUGAAAUGUGAUUUGAUCGAUGAUUCGGGAAGUUGUUCGUUUACCUAUAGAUUAAACCAUAGAAUAUCCACGGAAUCACAAGUUGGACCAUUAAGAGGUGGUACUGAAUUGAAAAAUAUAAACGAUCUUAUCAGAACUCAAACAGACUUACCACUUGAAAAGCUAUUACCACCACAUAGAGAAAUUUGGGUUGGCUUUGCGAGAGCUCAUUUAGAUAAGUGUGGAUGUGGCAAUAAUAUGUACAGACCAAAUAUGGUGGUUCUUGUUAAGGAUUCAAUUUCAACCAAAAAAGAUGUAAAGGACCCGAAAUCACCUAAAGUGAUCAAAGAUUUUUAUAAGAUCAGUCAUAUUAGUUCGUCGAUAUCCUUGGACAUACCCAUAAUUGGCUGGGACUUAGAAAAUCCAAGGGAUGUUUGCAUAGGGUCAAAUAUCUUAAUUCCAAACGGUAUUUCUUCAUGGAAUAUUAAAUCUAUAAGAGAAAAUGCUAAAACAGGUUUCUUUGAAACUGAUGAUUAUAUGACAUUAUCUUUGUCUAUUUCAGAUUUCACUGUCCAUACAAUAAAUAUAAAGGGAUUAUUGAACCAAAUUUUAAACUUGAAUGAUAAAUCCUUGUUCAUGCCAAUUGAUAGUGACUCAGAAGAUGAAUCUUUUUCCACAAAUAUCAAAAACUUGAAUAUACCAGAUGCAAGUAUAGUUGAUGACCCCCGUAGGAAUAAUUUGUUAUGGCUUACAGGAUAUAAUAAUGAUAACGUACUUUGUGCGUUGGAUAGUUCAGCCAAAUUUUGUUCUGCUUACGGUAUUGCAAAUGAAAAGAAUUCCCAAGAUGACAGUGAAGAUUAUGAUUAUGAUCUUAAUGAUGAUUUCAUUGACCCUAACGUAUCCAAAUACGAACAGGAACUAUAUUUAUACAAGCUUAAUGAAGAAUUAAAAAAAAGGCCGAGCAGAAUAAAUUCGAGACCACCAUCUAGACAGAUGUCUCCAGAUCGUAACUCUGAUAGACAAUCGAAAGCAUAUCCAGACGACAACGAUGAUGCUGAUGAGGGAAAUACGAACAAAUUCAAACAAGGUAUUUCAAACCCUAAUGACCCUGAAAAGUCUUCUAAUUCAGACUAA